AUGGCAGACCCCUUAUCAUCUCCACCCAAGCCCAUCCACACCAUUGUGUUGGAUGCUGGCCCCAUAAUCAAAAAUACCCCGCCGCUCUCUACUCUGCUCGCUCAAUGCGAAGAGAUUAUCACAACGCCGUCUGUGGUCAACGAAAUCCGCGAUCCCGAUGCCCGCGCCCGUGUGGAGACACUCUACCUGCCUUUCCUGAAGCAGCGGACACCCACUCCCAAGAGUUUCAAUGUCAUCAGCGAAUUCGCACGAAAAACCGGCGAUCGCUCUGUGCUGAGUCGAGUCGAUAUUGAGGUGCUGGCACUCGCCUAUGAGAUUGAGUGCGAGCGCAACGGGGGAGAUUGGCGCCUUCGCAGUGUACCUGGUCAGAAGCGUGUCAAUGGCAAGCCACCUGUCAAGGAGGAGGAGCAGGAGAAGAGCGAAUCGACUGAUGUGGGUGCUAUCGCCGAGGGUAUCAAGGAGACUACAGUGACCGAUACUGUGGAGGAGUCCAAAGAGAGCGAAACCGCUGUCCAUGACGGAGAAGUUAAGACCGACGAAAACACUCCCGUCGAAUCUGCUGCUGUUGAACAGACUGUGGAGGAGGACAACGAACCCGAAGACCAAGACGAAGAUGAUGCUGCCGAUUCUGAUGGUGGAGAAUGGAUCACACCCUCUAACUACAAGAAGCGGCUGGCCCGCGAUGAGGCUGGUGCUGGAUCCGAUGGAAAUCAGCCGAAGACGAUGCAGGUCGUGACCAUGACGACUGAUUUUGCCUGUCAAAAUGUGCUACUUCAGAUGAAUCUUAAUCUUCUGUCGACCACAACUCUGCAAAGAGUUCAGCACCUGAAAUCGUUCAUCAAGCGCUGCCACGCCUGUUUCCUUACUACUAAGGAAAUGAACAAACAAUUCUGUCCUCGAUGUGGCAAGGACACCCUUACUCGCGUUUCGUGCACCACCACUGCUAAUGGCCAAUUCACCAUGCAUUUGAAGAAGAACAUGCAGUGGAAUAACCGGGGCAACCGCUAUAGUGUCCCCAAGCCCGUCGCCGGUAGUGCCAAUGGCAAGUGGAAGGGCGGCGGUGGACAAGGCGGAUGGGGCACUGAGCUCAUUCUCGCCGAGGACCAGAAGGAGUUUGUUCGUUCCACAACCGAAGAAGAACGGCGUCAGCGCCGAGAGCGCGACCUCAUGGACGAGGAUUAUUUGCCAGGUAUCUUGACUGGCGAGCGCAACAAGUCUGGUGGCCGUAUCAAGGUCGGCGCAGGACGUAACGUCAAUUCAAGAAAGCGCUAG